AUGCUUCACUCCACUUCUCUUCUCCAUCAUACCCACCGUUUCCUUUUCUCUUUCCGCUCCAAACCUUCUCUCUUAGAUAAUCCACACUCACAUUCUCAAUUACAAUCACAACAACAACCACAACCUCUCUCUUUUGCAAAUUCACUAUCUCUUCCAUCAUCAUCAUCAUGUUGCCGCGUCGCACGUAUUUCUACCGAAGCAUUAGAGCUAUCUCACCCCUCUCCCAGCUUCAAUUUCCGCCGCGAGAUCGCCAGGCUCACCGCCCUCCGCGAUAAGCUAUCCCGAUGCAAUAAUCUGAACGACAAGCUCAGAGUGAUCGACGCGGACGAUAGAGUUAAACGUUUCUUCCGUUCUUCCUCCCGAAAUGCUGGAUUAGCUAGGGUUUUAUUGGACUCCAAAAGCUUGUUUUUGAUUAUGUGCUUGGUUGCUUCGGGUCAAGAGCAUGUGUUGUGUUUGAGUGAAACUGUACCGGAAUUGGACUCGCCGGCUAUGGCUUCUGGUUCUGUUAAGAGUGCGUUUUAUGCUCUGGCGAAGAUGAUCGAGAAUAUGGAUUCCAGCAAUUCUGGUGUUGGAUUUGGGAAGUUGGAUAUGGGGAUGAGUUUGGAGGAUCAUGAAAUUCUGGAUUUGAAUAACUUGUUAGAGACUUUGGCACAAAUUGAGAGCUUCUAUGAUUGUAUCGGAGGAGUUAUUGGUUAUCAGAUUACGGUUCUGGAACUUAUAGCCCAACAAUUGGUUGACCGGAAGAAUACAAACUGGUCUCAGCACAUGGGUGAUGUGAAAGAAAGCCAAAAUUUGGGAGUUGAUGCACCAACCGGGCUUGAUCUUUCUGAAAAUACAGAGUAUGCAUCUCAAGCAGCUCUUUGGGGUAUAGAGGGUUUGCCAGACCUAGGUGAAAUUUAUCCCUUGGGAGGCUCUGCCGACAGACUUGAUUUAGUUGAUUCUAACACUGGUGAAUGUCUUCCUGCUGCAAUGCUUCCGUUUUGUGGGAGGACUUUGUUGGAAGGUCUUAUAAGAGAUCUUCAGGCUAGAGAAUUCUUGUACUUCAAGUUAUAUGGCAAACAAUGUAUUACUCCUGUUGCAAUAAUGACAAGUUCCGCAAAGAACAACCACAAACACAUCACAUCCCUGUGCGAAAGACUCUCAUGGUUUGGAAGAGGUCGAUCAACUUUCCAACUUUUUGAGCAGCCUCUUGUUCCGGUUGUUGGUGCAGAAGAUGGGCAGUGGUUAGUCACUAAACCAUUCAGUCCCUUGAGCAAGCCUGGUGGUCAUGGUGUCAUAUGGAAACUUGCUCAUGACAAAGGCAUCUUCAAAUGGUUUUUUCAUCAAGGAAGAAGAGGUGCAACUGUGCGCCAAGUCAGUAAUGUUGUGGCUGCUACAGAUGUAACCCUCCUGGCCUUAGCAGGGAUCGGUUUGCGCCAAGGAAAGAAACUGGGGUUCGCAUCUUGCGAGCGUAUCUCAGGUGCAACAGAAGGAAUUAAUGUACUGAUGGAAAAGAGAAGUCCAGAUGGAAACUGGGAAUAUGGCGUUUCUUGCAUUGAAUACACUGAAUUUGACAAGUUUGGGAUUACUGACGGAUCUCUUGUUCCAAAAUGUUUGCAGGCAGAGUUUCCAGCCAAUACAAACAUCUUAUAUGUUGAUUUACCAUCUGCGGAGCUAGUUGGGUCAAGUAGGAAUGUGAAUAGUAUACCAGGAAUGGUGUUAAAUACAAGAAAGACAAUAGUUUAUGUGGAUCAGUUUGGAAGACACUGCAGUGUCUCUGGUGGCAGACUGGAAUGUACGAUGCAAAAUAUAGCAGACAGUUAUUUUAAUUCAUAUUCAUCCAGGUGCUAUAAUAGCGUGGAAGAUAAGCUAGAUACAUUUAUUGUAUAUAAUGAAAGGAAAAGGGUUACCUCAUCUGCUAAGAAAAAAAGAAGACAUGGACACAAGUCUUUACGCCAGACACCUGAUGGCGCUCUAUUGGAUAUAUUAAGAAACGCUCAUGAUCUUCUCUCACCAUGUGAUAUAAAACUUCCUGAGAUCGAAGCUGAUGAGAACUACAUUGAUUCAGGACCACCAUUUCUUAUCCUUCUUCACCCUGCUCUUGGUCCUCUUUGGGAAGUCACCAGACAAAAGUUUUAUGGUGGUUCCAUAUCAGUGGGCUCUGAGUUGCAAAUAGAGGUUGCAGAGUUCUUUUGGAGUAAUGUUCAGCUCAAUGGAAGCCUGGUCAUUAUUGCUGAAAACGUUAUGGGCUCAAUGAAGAUUGAUGAGAACAGUGAAUCCAUACUACAUCAUGGGCAAAGGUGUGGAAGAUGUAAAUUGCAGAAUGUCAAGGUGUUGAACGAGGGAGUUGAUUGGAGUUAUGAUGGAAAUGUGUAUUGGAAACAUGAUGUGAAACGGUCUGAGGUGCUGAAGAUUGUACUGCAUGGAAAUGCUGAAUUUGAAGCUACUGAUGUUGUCUUACAGGGAAAUCAUGUCUUUGAAGUUCCGAAUGGCUACAAACUUAAGAUUAUUCCCGGAAGCCAAGGUUUAGCAAUCCAGUUGAAUCCGAUUGAACAAGGCAUGAUGGACAGUGGAAGCUGGCACUGGGAUUACAAUAUAGAAGGUUCUCACAUUAAACUAGAAUUAGUAGAACAAUAA